AAGAUGUCGUGACGUGUCUUGGUUAUAAUAAUUCAAUUUUUAGUGUUUGUUUUCAAUUGAUGAUGAUGAUGAUUUUGAAGUUUUGAAUGUGACAAUAUGUGUCCUUCAUUGACAAUCAUUCAAUAAUCGAUAUAUAUUGUGCAAUCAAUCAUCCAUCAUUUUUUAAUAAUGUCUAGAUUUUUAAAAUUUUCAACAUUUGCCGGUAUUGGUGGCUACACUGGUUAUGUUCUUCAUCAAAAUGAUUGGAAUCCUCGACAUAUUGGUUUAGUACGAUUCGGUGUAGCCGCAUAUACGGUCAGUCAGAUUGCAAUUGAUUAUAAAUUUUCUGUAUCAAAAUUACGUGAUGAUUCGAUGGAAACAUUAGAAAAAUGGUCCCAAUGUCAUCAACGUUCAGCUGAUCGUUUAUUAAAGUUAUGUUGUACAAAUGGUGGUGUAUUUAUCAAAGUAGGUCAACAUAUAGCAGCAUUAGAUUAUCUUGUACCCAAAGAAUAUGUGAAUACAUUGAAAAUUCUACACAGUCAAGCACCAAGAUCAAAAUUUUCUGAUAUUAAAAAAGUAAUUGAAAAAGAACUUGGUCAACAAAUUGACGAAAUAUUCGAUGAAUUUGAUGAAAAAGCCAUAGCAUCAGCUUCAUUAGCACAAGUUUAUCGUGCAAAACUUCGAAAUUCAAAUGAAACUGUUGCCGUUAAAGUACAACAUCCAAAAGUAUUUCAACAUAGUUUAGUCGAUAUUGCUACAAUGGAAUUUUUAUUUAACGUUAUCGAUCGAUUAUUUCCCGAUUUUUCAUUCAUGUGGCUUGUGAAUGAAACGAAACGUAAUAUACCAUUGGAAUUGGAUUUCGUAAAUGAAGCUAAAAAUUCGGAAAAAAUAGCUAUAUUAUUAAAAGAUUUACCAUGGUUGAAAAUACCUCAUAUCUAUUGGAAACAUACAACAAAAAGAGUUUUAAUGAUGGAAUUUGUUGAAGGAACAUCCAUUACGGAUAAAGAAUUUUUCAUUUCAAAUCGUAUGAAUUGUCAGGAAAUAGCUAAUCGUUUUGAAAAUAUGUAUGGCCGAAUGAUUUAUACAUAUGGUACCGUACAUUGUGAUCCACAUCCCGGUAAUGUUUUGGUGAAAAAAACUGGCAGCAAAGAUUUUUACCUAUAUCUUCUUGACCAUGGCCUUUAUACGCAAUUAACCGAUGAAUUUAGACAGAAUUAUUCAGCAUUCUGGUUGGCAAUAUUUCGUGGUGAUUUGAAACAAAUUCAAGAACGAGCCAUUCUUAUGGGUAUCGAUGAGAAAGACGCUCCAUUAUUGUCCUGUAUGGUUACAGCAAAACCAUGGUCAGCCAUAUCACGUGGUCUAGAAAAUCGUCCCAAAGAUCAGACUGUAAUCAGUAAAGAGAAAAAUGAACUACGAAAAAAUGCAUCAUUAUAUAUGCAUAAUAUAUCACAAAUAUUGGGCAAAGUUGAUCGACAAUUAUUGUUGAUAAUGAAAACCAAUGAUCUUAUACGUAAUAUAAGCCAUGUAUUAGGAUGUGAUGAACGACGAUCAUUAUUGAAUAUGAAUCGUUAUUGUAUACAAACAACAAGUGAACAACGAUUAGCGCAAAGCCGUAAUAUGUUUCAACGUAUCAUUAUACGUUUACAGACACGUUAUUUAUAUUUUAAAUUAUCAUUAUAUUCAUUCUAUCUUUGGAUGGAUUCAUGGUUUACAUACAGAUCUUCAUCUAUUAUUAAAUCAACAUUAUCAGCUAUUGAAUGA